AUGGGCGUGCGGCCAGAGUGCAGCGAUGCGCUGCCACUCGAUAGUGGUGGCAUGCUGCUGGCGACCGUGCUGGCAACACCGCCACCACCACGACGGCCACACAGCGACUCCAACGGUGGUGGUGGCGGCGGCGGCGGCGGUGGCACGGCUGGUGAGGGCAGGCAGCACCUCUGCUUGUGGACGAUUGUUCCAGCACACGAUGAUGGCGCAGUGCCGCGGACGCGUGUGGCGUUGGAGGCGCACAUGUGUGUGCCGUCCGGAGUGGAGGCAACCGCGAUCAAGCUGAUGGCUGUCAAAGCGACGACCCCGUCACAGGACCCGUCAUCCACCCCACCUGCUGUCGUCAUUGCCGUGUCCUCCAAGGAAGGAACCAUUUUCCUGUUCGCGUAUGCACAGCUCAGCGCCCAAGACCAACUGCAGAAGGAUAAAGAUUGCAGUGCUGGCCCCAGCGAUGAUGACCUUUCUUCACUUCAGUCGUCACCACCACAGGCACCGCGUCUGCUGGGAACGCUGUGUGGCGUUGAAGCACCUGUCACCGACACAGCAAUGAAAUACAUGACCAGUGACGCUUCGGUUCAUGUUGUUGCCACGUGUGUUGAUGGUGCUGUCUUGCGCUGGAAAUUCCCAGCUGAGUCGCUAUGGCAACAAGCAGCCGGCAGCAGAUUGUCUAAGCCGCUGUGCGUUGAGCCCGCUGCGUGCAUGGAUGUGUUUCCUUUGUCAUCGUCGCCUUUAUCGUCGUCGUCGUGGUCGUCGUCCUGCGGUGUUGUGCUCUGCCCGUACUCCACCUCCCUGUGCUUUGCGGCAUGGGCCAGCGCCGGCGCCUGUGAGUUGGUGUCUGUCGCUGCGGACGGGUCUGUUGUCAGCGGUGUGUGCCGACCAAGCUGCUCCCCUCUCCUCAGCCACGCCUGCAUCUGCUGGCCGCGCACAACGCCUGGCUUUGUUGUUGGGUGCGUGGACGGCAGUCUGUGGCUUGUUGACGUGACGGAACGCCCUGGCCACGAGACGCUGCUGUUCCAGUUUGAUGUGGCUGUGCUGGCGGUGGUGGCGGUGCAUGACGACACACACGUGCUCGCACUUCUUGAUUCGGGCGGCAUGUUUCUCCUGUCCCUCGCAUCCACGGACACGAAACAGAAGCUCGGCAUAUCCAUCAACUCAUGA